CAGCCGAGCGCUGGGCUGAGGAGCAGAGAGAGCGGGGCGCGGAGUGCGGGCGGCUGGGAGCGCGCUGAGCGGGGGAGAGGCGCUGCCGCACGGCCGACCACAGGACCACCUCCCCGGAGAAUAGGGCCUCUUUAUGGCAUGUGGCUGGUAACUUUCCUCCUGCUCCUGGACUCUUUACACAAAGCCCGCCCUGAAGAUGUUGGCACCAGCCUCUACUUUGUAAAUGACUCCUUGCAGCAGGUGACCUUUUCCAGCUCCGUGGGGGUGGUGGUGCCCUGCCCGGCCGCGGGCUCCCCCAGCGCGGCCCUUCGAUGGUACCUGGCCACGGGGGACGACAUCUACGACGUGCCGCACAUCCGGCACGUCCACGCCAACGGGACGCUGCAGCUCUACCCCUUCUCCCCCUCCGCCUUCAAUAGCUUUAUCCACGACAAUGACUACUUCUGCACCGCGGAGAACGCUGCCGGCAAGAUCCGGAGCCCCAACAUCCGCGUCAAAGCAGUUUUCAGGGAACCCUACACCGUCCGGGUGGAGGAUCAAAGGUCAAUGCGUGGCAACGUGGCCGUCUUCAAGUGCCUCAUCCCCUCUUCAGUGCAGGAAUAUGUUAGCGUUGUAUCUUGGGAGAAAGACACAGUCUCCAUCAUCCCAGAAAACAGAUUUUUUAUUACCUACCACGGCGGGCUGUACAUCUCUGACGUACAGAAGGAGGACGCCCUCUCCACCUAUCGCUGCAUCACCAAGCACAAGUACAGCGGGGAGACCCGGCAGAGCAAUGGGGCACGCCUCUCCGUGACAGACCCUGCUGAGUCGAUCCCCACCAUCCUGGAUGGCUUCCACUCCCAGGAAGUGUGGGCCGGCCACACUGUGGAGCUGCCCUGCACCGCCUCGGGCUACCCUAUCCCCGCCAUCCGCUGGCUCAAGGAUGGCCGGCCCCUCCCGGCUGACAGCCGCUGGACCAAGCGCAUCACAGGGCUGACCAUCAGCGACUUGCGGACCGAGGACAGCGGCACCUACAUUUGUGAGGUCACCAACACCUUCGGUUCGGCAGAGGCCACAGGCAUCCUCAUGGUCAUUGAUCCCCUUCAUGUGGCCCUGACACCAAAGAAGCUGAAGACCGGCAUUGGCAGCACGGUCAUCCUCUCCUGUGCCCUGACGGGCUCCCCAGAGUUCACCAUCCGCUGGUAUCGCAACACGGAGCUGGUGCUGCCUGACGAGGCCAUCUCCAUCCGCGGGCUCAGCAACGAGACGCUGCUCAUCACCUCGGCCCAGAAGAGCCAUUCCGGGGCCUACCAGUGCUUCGCCACCCGCAAGGCCCAGACUGCCCAGGACUUUGCCAUCAUUGCACUCGAGGACGGCACGCCCCGCAUCGUCUCAUCCUUCAGUGAGAAGGUGGUCAACCCCGGGGAGCAGUUCUCACUGAUGUGUGCGGCCAAGGGCGCCCCGCCCCCCACGGUCACCUGGGCCCUCGACGAUGAGCCCAUCGUGCGGGAUGGCAGCCACCGCACCAACCAGUACACCAUGUCGGACGGCACCACCAUCAGCCACAUGAACGUCACAGGCCCCCAGAUCCGCGACGGGGGCGUAUACCGGUGCACGGCGCGGAACUCGGUGGGCAGUGCUGAAUAUCAGGCGCGAAUAAACGUAAGAGGCCCCCCCAGCAUCCGGGCCAUGCGGAACAUCACAGCAGUCGCCGGGCGGGACACCCUUAUCAACUGCAGGGUCAUCGGCUAUCCCUACUACUCCAUCAAGUGGUACAAGGAUGCCCUGCUGCUGCCGGACAACCACCGCCAGGUGGUGUUUGAGAAUGGGACCCUCAAGUUGACUGACGUGCAGAAGGGCAUGGACGAGGGGGAGUACCUGUGCAGUGUCCUCAUCCAGCCCCAGCUCUCCAUCAGCCAGAGCGUUCACGUGGCCGUCAAAGUGCCCCCUCUGAUCCAGCCCUUCGAGUUCCCACCCGCCUCCAUCGGCCAGCUGCUCUACAUUCCCUGUGUGGUGUCCUCGGGGGACAUGCCCAUCCGUAUCACCUGGAGGAAGGACGGACAGGUGAUCAUCUCAGGCUCGGGCGUGACCAUCGAGAGCAAGGAAUUCAUGAGCUCCCUGCAGAUCUCUAGCGUCUCCCUCAAGCACAACGGCAACUACACAUGCAUCGCCAGCAACGCAGCCGCCACCGUGAGCCGGGAGCGCCAGCUCAUCGUGCGUGUGCCCCCUCGAUUUGUGGUGCAACCCAACAACCAGGAUGGCAUCUACGGCAAAGCUGGUGUGCUCAACUGCUCGGUGGAUGGCUACCCCCCGCCCAAGGUCAUGUGGAAGCAUGCCAAGGGGAGCGGGAACCCCCAGCAGUACCACCCUGUGCCCCUCACUGGCCGCAUCCAGAUCCUGCCCAACAGCUCGCUGCUGAUCCGCCACGUCCUAGAAGAGGACAUCGGCUACUACCUCUGCCAGGCCAGCAACGGCGUAGGCACCGACAUCAGCAAGUCCAUGUUCCUCACAGUCAAGAUCCCAGCUAUGAUCACUUCCCACCCCAACACCACCAUCGCCAUCAAGGGCCAUGCGAAGGAGCUGAACUGCACGGCACGGGGUGAGAGGCCCAUCAUCAUCCGCUGGGAGAAGGGGGACACAGUCAUUGACCCUGACCGCGUCAUGCGGUACACCAUCACCACCAAGGACAACGGCGACGAGGUCAUCUCCACACUGAAGCUCAAGCCUGCUGACCGUGGGGACUCUGUGUUCUUCAGCUGCCAUGCCAUCAACUCGUAUGGGGAGGACCGGGGCUUGAUCCAACUCACUGUGCAAGAGCCCCCCGACCCCCCAGAGCUGGAGAUCCGGGAGGUGAAGGCCCGGAGCAUGAACCUGCGCUGGACCCAGCGAUUCGACGGGAACAGCAUCAUCACGGGCUUCGACAUUGAAUACAAGAACAAAUCAGAUUCCUGGGACUUCAAGCAGUCCACACGCAACAUCUCCCCCACCAUCAACCAGGCCAACAUCGUAGACUUGCACCCGGCAUCCGUGUACAGCAUCCGCAUGUACUCCUUCAACAAGAUUGGCCGCAGUGAACCGAGCAAGGAGCUCACCAUCAGCACCGAGGAGGCCGCUCCCGAUGGGCCCCCCAUGGAUGUUACCUUGCAGCCAGUGACCUCACAGAGCAUCCAGGUGACCUGGAAGGCACCCAAGAAGGAGCUGCAGAACGGUGUCAUCCGGGGCUACCAGAUUGGCUACAGAGAGAACAGCCCCGGCAGCAACGGGCAGUACAGCAUCGUGGAGAUGAAGGCCACGGGGGACAGCGAGGUCUACACCCUGGACAACCUCAAGAAGUUCGCCCAGUAUGGGGUGGUGGUCCAGGCCUUCAAUCGGGCUGGCACGGGGCCCUCAUCCAGCGAGAUCAAUGCCACCACUCUGGAGGAUGUGCCCAGCCAGCCCCCUGAGAACGUCCGGGCCCUGUCCAUCACUUCUGACGUGGCCGUCAUCUCCUGGUCAGAGCCCCCGCGCAGCACCCUCAAUGGCGUCCUCAAAGGCUAUCGGGUCAUCUUCUGGUCCCUCUACGUUGAUGGGGAGUGGGGCGAGAUGCAGAACAUCACCACCACGCGGGAGCGGGUGGAGCUGCGGGGCAUGGAGAAGUUCACCAACUACAGCGUCCAGGUGCUGGCCUACACCCAGGCUGGGGACGGCGUGCGCAGCAGUGUGCUCUACAUCCAGACCAAGGAGGACGUUCCAGGUCCCCCUGCUGGCAUCAAAGCUGUCCCUUCAUCAGCUAGCAGUGUGGUUGUGUCUUGGCUCCCCCCUACCAAGCCCAACGGGGUGAUCCGCAAGUACACCAUCUUCUGUUCCAGCCCCGGGUCUGGCCAGCCGGCUCCCAGCGAGUACGAGACGAGUCCAGAGCAGCUUUUCUACCGGAUCGCCCACCUAAACCGCGGUCAGCAGUAUCUGCUGUGGGUGGCCGCCGUCACCUCCGCCGGCCGGGGCAACAGCAGCGAGAAGGUGACCAUCGAGCCUGCUGGCAAGGCCCCAGCAAAGAUCAUCUCCUUUGGGGGCACCGUGACAACACCUUGGAUGAAAGAUGUUCGGCUGCCUUGCAAUUCAGUGGGAGAUCCAGCCCCUGCCGUGAAGUGGACCAAGGACAGUGAAGACUCUGCCAUUCCGGUGUCCAUGGACGGGCACCGGAUCAUCCACACCAACGGCACGCUGCUGCUGCGUGCAGUGAAGGCUGAGGACUCCGGCUACUACACCUGCACGGCCACCAACACCGGCGGCUUUGACACCAUCAUUGUCAACCUUCUGGUGCAAGUUCCCCCGGACCAGCCCCGCCUCACUGUCUCCAAAACCUCAGCUUCGUCCAUCACCCUGACCUGGAUUCCAGGUGACAAUGGGGGCAGCUCCAUCCGAGGCUUCGUGCUACAGUACUCGGUGGACAACAGCGAGGAGUGGAAGGACGUGUUCAUCAGCUCCAGCGAGCGCUCCUUCAAGCUGGACAGCCUCAAGUGUGGCACGUGGUACAAGGUGAAGCUGGCAGCCAAGAACAGCGUGGGCUCUGGGCGCAUCAGCGAGAUCAUCGAGGCCAAGACACACGGGCGGGAGCCCUCCUUCAGCAAAGACCAACACCUCUUCACCCACAUCAACUCCACGCAUGCUCGGCUUAACCUGCAGGGCUGGAACAAUGGGGGCUGCCCUAUCACAGCCAUCGUCCUGGAGUACCGGCCCAAGGGGACCUGGGCCUGGCAGGGCCUCCGGGCCAACAGCUCCGGGGAGGUGUUUCUGACAGAACUGCGAGAGGCCACGUGGUACGAGCUGCGCAUGAGGGCUUGCAACAGCGCCGGUUGUGGCAAUGAGACGGCCCAGUUCGCCACGCUGGACUACGAUGGCAGCACCAUUCCACCCAUCAAGUCUGCUCAAGGUGAAGGGGACGAUGUGAAGAAGCUGUUCACCAUCGGCUGCCCCGUCAUCCUGGCCACACUGGGGGUGGCAUUGCUCUUCAUUGUACGCAAGAAGAGGAAGGAGAAACGGCUGAAGCGACUCCGAGAUGCAAAGAGUUUGGCAGAAAUGUUGAUAAGCAAGAACAAUAGAAGCUUUGACACCCCUGUGAAAGGGCCACCCCAGGGCCCACGGCUACACAUUGACAUCCCCAGGGUCCAGCUGCUCAUCGAGGACAAAGAAGGCAUCAAGCAGCUGGGAGAUGACAAGGCCACCAUCCCUGUGACAGAUGCUGAGUUCAGCCAAGCUGUCAACCCACAGAGCUUCUGUACUGGCGUCUCCUUACACCACCCAGCCCUCAUCCAGAGCACAGGACCCCUCAUCGACAUGUCUGACAUCCGGCCAGGAACCAAUCCAGUGUCCAGGAAGAAUGUGAAGUCAGCCCACAGCACCCGGAACCGGUACUCAAGCCAGUGGACCCUGACCAAGUGCCAGGCCUCCACACCCGCCCGCACCCUCACCUCCGACUGGCGCACCGUGGGCUCCCAGCAUGGUGUCACGGUCACUGAGAGUGACAGCUACAGUGCCAGCCUGUCCCAGGACACAGACAAAGGAAGGAACAGCAUGGUGUCCACUGAGAGUGCCUCUUCCACCUACGAGGAGCUGGCCCGGGCCUAUGAGCAUGCCAAGCUGGAGGAGCAGCUGCAGCACGCCAAGUUUGAGAUCACCGAGUGCUUCAUCUCUGACAGUUCCUCUGACCAGAUGACCACAGGCACCAACGAGAACGCCGACAGCAUGACGUCCAUGAGCACACCCUCAGAGCCUGGCAUCUGCCGCUUUACCGCCUCACCACCCAAGCCCCAGGAUGCAGACCGGGGCAAAAACGUGGCUGUGCCCAUCCCUCACCGGGCCAACAAGAGUGACUACUGCAACCUGCCCCUGUAUGCCAAGUCAGAGGCCUUCUUUCGAAAGGCAGAUGGACGUGAGCCCUGCCCUGUGGUCCCACCCCGUGAGGCCUCCAUCCGGAACCUGGCUCGAACCUACCACACCCAGGCUCGCCACCUGACCCUGGACCCUGCCAGCAAGCCCUUGGGCCUCCCCCACCCAGGGGCCCCCGCUGCCGCCUCCACAGCCACCUUACCUCAGAGGACUCUGGCCAUGCCAGCCCCCCCAGCUGGCACAGCUCCCCCAGCUCCCGGCCCCACCCCUGCUGAGCCCCCCACCGCCCCCAGCGCUGCCCCUCCAGCCCCCAGCACCGAGCCUCCACGAGCCGGGGGACCACACACCAAAAUGGGGGGCUCCAGGGACUCGCUUCUCGAGAUGAGCACAUCAGGGGUAGGGAGGUCUCAGAAGCAGGGGGCCGGGGCCUACUCCAAAUCCUACACCCUGGUGUAGGGCCGGCAGGAAGAGCAGCCAUGCCUGGACCGCGCCGUGCCGCAGCCCCACACGCCAGCUCGGCUGUUUUUCUGCAUUAUUUAUAUUCAACUGACAGACGAAAACCAACCAACGACAAAACAAAAACCCCCAAUCAUGAACGCCUGUACAUAGAACUCUUUUGUACAAAUGAAACUAUUUUCUUCUUCUCCAUGAAGCCAGGGCACAAAGAAUUUGACAGUACAAGUCAAAUCCCCCACCCCACAAAAUAUGUGUGGAGAUAUAUAUACAUAUAUAGACAGAUAGGAACGCAUCCACAAGCUAUAUAUCUAUAUAUUUCUCUCACCCUAUUUUGAGACAGAGGCACAAAGACUCAGCAAUUUUUUUCCCUCCUCCUCACCCUCCCCCCAAUCUAGGUGGUUUUGACAAAGACCAAAAUCCCAACUCAGAGACACUGCAUGCGAUUUUACUGUUCCAAGAAAACCAGGAGUUGCUUCAAUUUGCAGAUGCUUAUGUGUUAAUACCUUUUUCUAUGAAAAAAGACCCAGCGCCGUGUGCAAUAAAGGUUAUGUUUCUA